AUGGAAUCUACCCCACGGGCGCCCAUGAGUUGGAACAAGCGUGACGACCGGGAUACGAGAGAUCCUCCAGAUGACCGUGAUCGCAGUCACUGGAGACCCCGAAGUGAGCAAAGCAACAGAGGAGCAGGAAGCUCGCGAAACGACAAGUCCAUAAGAGGAGGACGAGGUGGCCGAGGAGGAGGAUCUCGCAACAACAGCAGCAGAGGAGGUGGAUUCAGAGAUGACCAUUUUGGUGGAAGCAGAGAUGCGCCUCCCCCACCUCCUCCACGAGAACAUGGUGAUACGUACCGAGACGAUGGCCCUGAUCUCUUUAGUGAUGGAGCCUGGAGUGGAGGUCGUUCGACCUGGCAGGAUCCUCCUCUUCGAAAAGACUCCUACUCGGGUGAUAAGCCCUGGGAUCGACUGUCUUCUCGCUACGACAAUCGACCUGAUGAUACACCGCCUCGCCAACAGCGUUCAACAGGAGGAAGACGACCUGGAGCGGACAACAAGGACUGGCCGGAUAGAUCUCGAGGCGACAGAUCGUGGCAGAACAGCAGCAGCAACGCGCCAUGGCAACAAAACAAGGGUCGAGAUGACAGAAGAGACGGUUCAAGCUAUAGACCAGACAGUGAUCGAUACGACAGGGAUAGAGACAUCAGGGAUCGGGACAACAGGGGUAGAGACAGCGGGGAUGGACGGGGUAACAGAGAAAAUAGAGACAGAGAAACAACCCCUCUGUACCGUGAUAGAAGAGUCUCUGGCCCACCACCUUCUCUUCCAUCAACACCUUCUCGUGCGUCCUCUACAGGUCCUGUUCCCCCGUCUUCGGCUCCUCGACCAGGCCAGCGUCGACCUCUUCCCGACCAGGUCACUUUUGCAUCACAGUCUGACAGCGGACCCACCUCCUCGGCUAAGCGGAAACGCAAGAAGGCAGGUGCCAGCACCACGGCACUCACAGACUCCAACAUUCACAACCCCAACAACCCCAACUACAUUGGGUACACAAAAAAGGAAGCUCGAGAACGCGAGCGCAAGAAGCAGGAGACUGAAGAAUUGGACCCCAGCCGGUCGGGAUCGGUGGGUGAUAUUUCUCUGGACAGCUCAAGUCUAGGAAACGGGGGAGGUGCAUCGAGUGAGGCGUCUGUGGCUUCACGUGACGGAAGCAGAGAUGGACGAAAACGGCUCAACCCUACGUUCAGUGAUUCUUCCGAGUCUCGAAGCCGGUCUGACUUUCAAAAUAAGAGACCGAAACGAGAAGCUUCUACAGGACCGCAGUUUGAUGAUGACGUACCCUGUUAUGGUGAUGAUGAACCUGGUGAGCCUGUUGUUGCAACCACUCCUGUGGACACAACAAAGCCACGAGUCACCCAACAUACCCUUACCAGCAGUAUCUUCGAACGUGUUACACAAGUGGGAGAAGGUACGUAUGGUAAGGUGUACAAGGCUGUCAACCAGGUCAGUGGUACCACCUCAGCUCUCAAGCGGCUGCGUCUGGAAACUGAGCGUGAAGGAUUUCCAGUCACAGCUCUUCGAGAAAUCAAGCUGCUACAAUCUCUUCGCCAUGACAAUAUCAUUUCUCUCAAGGAGAUGAUGGUGGAGGAGAAUGGCGUAUUUAUGAUUUUUGGCUACAUGAGUCAUGAUCUGAGUGGUAUUCUUGCUCAGCCCAACGUGAGGCUUGAAGAGGGACACAUCAAAUUCUUGUUUCAUCAAAUUCUGUCUGGCUUGACAUACAUUCAUCAGCGAGGAAUUUUGCAUCGUGAUAUCAAGGGUUCGAAUAUUCUGGUGGAUGGAGAUGGAAACCUCAAGCUAGCUGAUUUCGGUUUGUCUCGAACCAUCGACCCUUCCAACAAGAGAGCCCGAUACUCAAACCGAGUCAUCACUCUAUGGUACAGACCUCCCGAGCUUCUUUUUGGGGCUACUCUCUACGAUGGAGCAGUGGACAACUGGGGGGCUGGAUGUCUGCUGGUCGAGCUGUACUCUCGACUGGCUGUGUUCCGAGGAGCAGACGAAAUUAACCAACUGGAUUGCAUUUUCGACAUCAUGGGUACCCCAACCAACGAGUACUGGCCUGAUCUGGAGUCGUUGCCGUGGUUUGAGAUGCUCAAGUUCAACUACAAGAAGCCCAGCAAGUUCCUGCAGAUGUAUGACCAGGUUUGCAGUAAACCUGCUCUAAAGCUUGCGUCCAAGCUGCUGGAAAUGAACCCCGCAUACCGGAUGACAUCACAGGAGGCCAUGAAUAGCGACUACUUCAACGUGGAGCCCAAGGCUGAGCGCCCUCUUGUUCUGAGAGAGCUGGUGGGCGAGUGGCACGAGUUUGAUGCAAAGAAGCUGCGACGAGCUAAACGAAAAGAGGAGGAUCUUCGUCGAGGCAAGGAGCGUCGAGAACGAAAAGAGGCGGAGGCUAGGGCUAAAGCCGAGGGACGGCCUGAGGAAAAGCCUGAAGGAUUGGCCACCGGCGGGGGACUUGCUGUUGGUACUUCCGGUCAAGAGAAAGUGACUGCGGAAAACACUACCGAGGCUAACGCCGAACCUCCGUCUGCUCCGGGUUCUUCCCGGGAACCUACUUGUACCACGGCGCCUCCCAGUGUGCACCCCUCCACAACAGACACAGACACGGCAUGA